UCUGUCUAUCCAUUGCUUGUUUUUUCCAGCGAUCGUUACCAUCAUUUCAUACAAAAUAAAGGCAAGGAAUUUCCGUUCAUUAUCAUAUGCUCGAUUGUGGAUUAUGCAUUUGAGUAGGGAGUGUGAAUUUCUUCAGCGGAUACUGUGAACGCGAGUGCUCCUUGUGUAUAUAGUAAACAUAAAAAGCUUUCCUGCUGUUUGGCUUUAGGCCAAGCUUACAAGGGCUACUAGCGCUUCGGGUGUUGUUUGGCCUUGUAUAUUCCAUUCUCUUACACAAGUGGACACAAUUACGUGCAAAAAUGCCGGACGUAAGCGAGGCGAGCACGAUCCUGCAUCCCGGCCCUCAGUGGUUGUAACGCCCCUGCAGAAGCCAUCCUCCCAUCUGUCGAGACACUGAUUCCGAUCCCCAAUGUGAAUCCCUCGUCGCCAGCAAGCCAACCUUUUUUCAUACUCUUCACUUUUUCGCUUCGUGCACUCGAUCCUCCACACACCUCUCGCACGCAGAGCCAUGUCUUCGCCCCUGCUGCACGGAAUACGCCGCUCCGCAUUAGCCGGAUGCUGCCUCGUCUUCGGAAUUAUCCUUCUCAUGCCAACGUCCAGCUUAACCGCCUGGCAGGACGAGUACAGACCGAGAGUCCGCUCCAACCUUCCUCCGGGCGAACGUGUGCAACGCUUCAUAGGCAACCAGACGCACAGCGACCACUUCAAACUGCUGGAAAAAGACGGCGACCACCUGCUCGUGGGAGCUAGGAAUAUUGUGUAUAACUUGAGUCUUGAUACACUACAAGAAAGGAAAAGAUUGGAGUGGUAUUCUAGUGAUGAUGACAUCAAUAUGUGUAAAAUGAAAGGAAAAUCUGAGGAGGAAUGCCAAAAUUAUAUUAGAGUUUUAGCUAGGAAGUCAGAAGAUACCCUUCUUGUUUGUGGUACAAAUGCCUUUAAACCAAUCUGUCGGCAUUACCUACAGGAUGCCGAUUACACUAUUGUAAAAGAAGCAUCAGGAGAAGGUCUUUGUCCUUAUGAUCCCAACCAUAACAGCACAGCUAUAUUUGCAGGACCAUUAAAAGACAGAAAAGAUGGAGAUCUAUAUGUAGCAACUGUAGCUCAGUUUACUGGAGCUGAUCCACUCAUUUAUCGAGAGCCUUUGCGAACAGAACAGUUUAAUUGGAAGCAUCUGAAUGCUCCAAAUUUUGUUAGCUCUGUGCACCAUGGAGAAUUUGUAUAUUUCUUUUUCCGUGAAACUGCAGUGGAAUACAUUAAUUGUGGCAAGGCUGUCUACUCAAGGGUUGCCAGAGUUUGUACUAAUGACAAAGGUGGCCCUCAUAAAUUCCGAAAUCGAUGGACAUCUUUCUUGAAAGCAAGAUUAAAUUGCUCCAUACCUGGAGAGUUUCCAUUUUACUUUAAUGAAAUUCAAUCUACAACCAACGUGGUGACUGGAAAAUAUGGUGCUAAAGAGGCUCAGUUGAUAUAUGCAGUUUUUACCACACCUCCGAAUAGUAUCAGUGGCUCAGCAGUAUGUGCCUUCAGCUUAGAAGAUAUAUUCCAUGCAUUCAAUGGUCCUUUUAAGGGACAAGAUGAUAUUAAUGCAAAUUGGCUUCCUGUAGCAAGUACGAAAGUACCAGAACCACGUCCUGGGCAGUGUGUCAAUGAUUCUCGAACAUUGCCAGAAGUGACGGUGAACUUCAUUGAAAGCAACAGUCUUAUGGACAGAGCGGUGCCUUCUUUCUGGAAUCAUCCAGUUGUGUUGCACACUGUCUUUCAAUAUCGUUUCACUCAUAUAACUGUUGAUCCUCAAAUAGAAACAGCUGAUGAAAAGCACUAUGAUGUAUUGUAUGUUGGAACUGAUAAUGGAAAGGUUCUCAAAUGCAUCAAUGCAGGCAGUGAAUCCAAAACAGGAAAAGUGAUACCUGUAGUUAUUGAAGAAUUCCAAGUAUUCCAGCAGUUGCCCAUUACAAAUCUUAUGGUAUACCACACCCCAUCAGAUGCAAAACUUGUUGUUGUUUCACGGGAAGAAAUUAAAACCAUACCACUAUAUAACUGUGAUCAUUAUGCCAAAACUUGCCGGGAAUGUGUUGCAUUGCAAGACCCAUAUUGUGCCUGGGAUAAAUCUCGAGGUGUCUGCACCAGUUCACGACAGAGGUUGUGGAAACGAGAUGGUUUCGUGCAAAAUGUUGAAGAAGGGAUUGAUUCAAGAUGUCGUGAAGGAGGGCGUUCUCCUAACGGUGGUACAACUCCACAACGUUCACCUCACCAUUCGGCAAGCCGUCAUGAUACUGCAAGCAAUGGAUCACCACCUGCUUCCUCUUCCACCACAGAAACAGAAGACGAACUCAGUGAAGGUGGCACGGCAGGAGCCUCCAGAGGUCACCAGUACAUGUACACCGCAGAAACGCUUGCCAUUGCUGUGACAACCAGUAUCGUGUCAUCAUUGGUGGUUGGCUUCAUCAGUGGCUACAUCUUCAGCCGCCGCUGCAAGUCUGAAGAGGUGGACUCACCUUAUGAUGAUUCUCACUAUUUGGAACAACGAGGCAGCUGUGACACACCCCACCUCAACCACACAGAAGGUUUUUUGUCACCUACCACCAACAAACCCAUCAACCUCGUCCUCAAUGUACCUCCAAAAAACGGGAAUGGCAAGAGUGCUAACAGCUCGGCCGAUAACAGACCUGUUCAGAAAGUGAAAAAGAUUUAUUUAUAGUCUCUCUGUGCUCUCUCGAAAUAAAAAUAAACGGAAUCUAUUUCAUCACUUCGAUCGUCCAACAUUCCAUAUUCAUGCUGGUGUUUGCUAGUUUGUUAGCUGUUCUGUCUCAUCGAAAGCAAUGAUUCAGUUGUGCAUGCAGUAUGGAGGUAGUUGUGUGCUGUGUUUGGCCCAACAGCAUAUUGUGUACCACUCCAAUAGUUGACUCCAGUGGUUCAUGUUGUUUUUCUUAGUUUAAGGAUUCCUACUUGGGCUGACAUUUUGUUCCGAGGUUCCUUCUCACCACACAACUCUAGCUGUAGUCUUUAAAUAAUGCAGCGCCCAAUUGAGGAACUGUACUUCGAUUCAGAAUAAUGCACGAAGGUGGAGAUUCGAAGCAGAGCUUCAAAGCAAUGUCAUCAAGUGCGUCUCUCAUCGGAGCAGAACCGUUUUCAUCGGACUCUUGAUUCCACUCUUUCAAUAUGUACUGUGGGGCUUAUUUAAAUGCUCAUCUUUUACAUUGUGUGACAAAUAUCAAAAAUUGGAUUUUUACAGUAUUAAUUUAAGUUAUGAAUGCAUUUUUGAAGAGUCAGAAGAAGAUAUAAGUGCACACAUGUGAAGGCAUUAAACUGAAAAUUUAUUAACUUUUGCCACCUUGUGCCACUCAUUGAUGCUGUUAAUAUCUGCACCUGUUAAAGUUUCCAGUGUGCUUAUUUUAUUUAUAAAUUGUACAUAGGAGCACUCUGUCAUAUUUGUUUUAAACUUUACUUUGAUUACACCUUGUACAUUUGUGUUUAGAUCAUUUUUUAUGUGAAAUGUUUAUGUGUUUUUGAUUGCAAACUGAGCUUUUUAUUUUGUGACUACAAAAAUAGGCUAUUUCAGUAUUGUAAAAUCUUAAGUUCAGUUGCACAUUUGGUUUUAGUAAAUAAUUUUAAUUGAAAGCACGUUUAAAAAUUGCACUGUCUGCCGUGACACUAUGAUCUGCUGUGGCCUUAGAUUUUAUCAUACUGUUAUAAAGAAUAGUUUUAAGAGUUAAUAUUUCAAGAUCACUGGUUAUGUAAUUUAGAGUGGUAAAAUUCUUCCACAGAACUGAUAUUUAUAGCUAAAAUUGUGCAUGUUUCUCUAGAGUACAGAGAAAGUGCCAUUUUUUUGUAUUUUUCAUAAUUGCCCUUUGUGUUUAAUUGAACAUUGUAUGUUACACAUACCUCAGUGCUUCUACGACAUGAUCUCAAAAGAGUGACUAACCAAAGGACUUGGAGCAACAGAAUUAUAAUUUUAUUGUUGAAAAAAAUUGAAACUUGUACAGACAGACAUUUGAAAAUCUGCUUUCUUUGUGCAUGCGAUGUUUCAACCAUCGAAUGCAAAUUGAUUAAUUAUAUAUACAUAUAUAUAUAUUAUACUCCUGUACAUAAUUGAAUAUCUUGUCUCAAUUAUUUGUAAUUUUUAAGGUGCCCAGUCAUAGAUUACUCUAUUCGAUCUUGCUCUCUAUCUCUCUUUAGAAUGUUUAGGUGACCCAUAACCCUCUCUAUACCAGAGUCCAUUGAGCCUAAACAUGUAAUUCACCAUGAACAUAACAAUAUCGUUUUGUGCGUUCAUCUGGACAUAUUUCUGAUGAUUCACUCAAGAAUUUAGGAAAUCUGAAAUUUCUUCAAUAAAAGAGUGAAAAGUAAAGAUGCAAAUCUGUUUUUUCUAGAGUAACUAAAAAUUUGACUUGUAGUUUUCAGAAAUUGCAAACCAAAAUCGCUUUGUGAAUGCUCCCAUUAAAAAAAAUAAAAAUAAAAAAUAUCAAACUGACAUCAGUCCAUAUGUAAUCAAUGUCUGUCUAACCCAAACGCGCAUGUUAACUCUUUGUACUUCAGCAUACUCUAAUUUAUGGGCAUAAAGAGCAGUAAUGCCAAACUAUUCCUUAUCGAACUUGUGGAUAUUUUGUAGAUGAAAUUCAUUAUUCUUAGUCCAAAUAAGUUUUUUUCGAAUCUCAGGUUGAAUAUAAUUUAUUUUGCCUGUAUAUACUUUUUCAUUGCUACCAAUUGAUGCAUAUAUUUGUAUUGUGUUUUAUUUUUAGCAGGGUCAGAAUUGGAUCAAGAAGUUUGCAAAAUUUUAUCUCAAGAAUUUUCUAUAUCAGUAGUUGGCUGCCUUAUUCCCAUUUCAAUACUGUAUAUAAAAUUAUGAAUGCAUUACUGAUGAUCCUGCACUUCUUUUACCUUUUUUUUUUAUUUAUUAUGGUUAUGUUAAAUGUAUUGUAUAAAAAAGGGGAUUGUUUUUUAUUGCAUUUGCAAAACAAAUAGCAACAUUAAUGUUUUUUUCCACAGGGCAUUUAUUUUUAUUGAAUGAAAAAUAUUUUUGUAGACUUGUUAUUCUGUGACUUCUCUUUGUAAAAUACAACAUUUCUGUACAUGUGUGCAAGGACUGCACUGUGUUUCAGGUUGUUGUUAUUGAAUUAUAAAGCUAUUUACUGUUGAAUUUUUUCAACCAAUUGUUUUGACUGCAUUUCAACAUGGAAGAAUCUAUCUUUUUAACAGAAUCGAUUAUUAAUAAGUAUUCAGUUAUUUUCUUAAAUCUCAGAAACAAUGUAUGUCUAUUCAACAUAAAUGCAUUAGACAGUUUUUGAGUUUAAAAUUCCUAAUGAACAAAGCUCUUGAAAAUCUCUUAUUUAGUGGAAUCAGAAACAUAGAAUUUGCUGAAGUUAAAGAUUAGCGAGUAUGACUAUGCAUUAAUACUCUCAUAAAUGUUAUGUGAAAUAAUUUUUUUUUAUAAAUUUAGAUUAAAUAUUUCAGUUUAAAAAAAAAGAUUUGUAAUAGAACAUAACUUUCUGUUGAUUUCUAAUAAAACUAAGAGAAAAAUAUGAAAUGAUUUACACAUUCCACUAGAUAAGAGGAGAGAGAAAAUUCACCACCAUAAUUUACACUUUUUUUUUUUUUUUUUUUGUCUCAAUAGUCACUUUAUAUUUCAGUCAUCCACUUUAAUGAUGGUAAGUAAAGUCAUUAGUUUUAAGAGCUAAGAAAAAUAUUUUUUUUAUAGGCUUCUAUUGUUUACUAUCCUGAAAUCUUUUUCAUUCAAUAAAUUGUGAAUGCUUUUGGAAGUUGAUGAAUCUCUGUUAGCUAUGUUUUAAAAAUUCACAGAGUUCUGUCCGUUGUUUGCUAAUUUUUGUAAUUGUUCAAUUCUUUAUUUUUGUAUGACUUUCAAUCAGAUGAACUCUUUUGAAAUAUUCGAUUUCUUUUGAAAUUGUGAUAUUUUAAUUCAUUUCAAUUAUAUAAAUUUAUAACUUUGAACAAAUUGUAUCUUUUAAUGCAAUGUUUAUGUAUACAAGUUUUUAUUAUUAUUAUUAUUAUUAUUAUUUUGAAAUUGAUUGAUUGAAAAUAUUCAGAAUCAUGAAAUUUUUUGAUCUUCUGAUGCUAUGCAAAGCAAUGCUUGUUUCUUUUCAUGUGCAAAUUGUUUCUGUGAAACGUGAUGCUUCCAUUCAAUUGAAAAAAUUCUGUUGUGUUGCAGUGGAAAAUAUAAGAAGCAAAGAGAGCCCAUUGUACAAAAGUGUAUAGUGUGCGCAUACUGUGCGAUGAGUCAGUAGGUCUUGAUUCCCAACCUGACCACUCUCUUCCUUCAUUGUGAGAGGAGGAGGCUUAAUACUCUAUGGGAACUAUAUUAAAAUAGACUUUGGAAAAACA